GCCAAGAAGCAUACACAAAUUCUUUGAGUUACACAGUUCCAAAAGUCAGUUGAGAGAGUGCACCAUGUCUGCAGGCUGGACUGUGCUGCUAUUCUGCCUGUUUGUAUGCAUUUAUAUUCCAUCAGGGUCUUUUGAGACAUUGGUCAUCUCAAAGGACAAUGAGCAAUGGGACAGCAAUACCAGCAUGAACCGACUCUUAAAGAAGCGAAGUGUGAGCAGAAAUGCUGAGAUAGAGGUGCAAAGUGUGAAAGUGGACUGCAAAGUGACAUCACGUUUUGCCCACUCUGUCAUGACCACUAAAGCUCUUAAUAAGGCUAACGUCUCACAGGAAGUUAUCUUUGAGGUGGAGUUACCCAAGACAUCCUUCAUUACCAACUUCAGCAUGGAGAUUGAUGGCAAAGUGUAUGUAGGUGAGGUGAAGGAAAAAGAAAAGGCUAAGAAGCAGUAUGAGAAGGCUGUGUCAUCUGGAAAGACUGCAGGCUUAGUCCAAGCUUCAGGUAGAAAAAUGGAGAAGUUCUCAGUUUCUGUUAAUGUUGCGGCAACCAGCCAUGUCACAUUUAUUCUUACUCACGAGGAACUUCUUCAACGUCGGUUCGGCAAAUAUGAGCUCAUGAUCGGAGUCAAACCCAAACAGCUGGUCCAACACUUUGAGAUUGUGGUAGAUAUCUAUGAACUUCAGGGCAUCGCAUUUCUGGACGCCUAUGGCACAUUCAUCACCAAUGAGCUGCUACCUCUGGUGGAAAAAACUGUCACUGAGAAAAAGGCCCAUGUGUUCUUCUCUCCAACACUGGAUCAACAAAGAAAGUGCGCUGACUGUGAAGGUACACUCAUCGAUGGAGAUUUCUUCAUCAAGUAUGACGUCAACCAUGCUCAUGACAUUGGUGAUAUCCAGAUUGUAAAUGGAUACUUUGUGCACUUUUUUGCACCUGCCAAUCUUCCACGAGUUCCAAAGAUGGUUGUUUUUGUUAUAGAUGUAAGCGGGUCAAUGUCAGGAAAUAAAAUUGUACAGACAAAAGAGGCACUGCUCACCAUUCUGAGUGAUCUCCCAGAAGAUGACUUCUUUGCAAUCGUCAUCUUUGAAUCCAGAUAUUCUGUAUGGAAGCCACAUUUAACCAAAGCAACACAGGAAAAUGUGCAAGAUGCCAAACAAUUUGUCAAAGGUUUAAAGGCUGGAGGGUCAACAGAAUUGCAUGAUGCUGUCAUACAUGCUGUGGAGAUGCUUGAUGAAGGAAAGCGCAACAGUGCAGCCCAACAGAAUGCAGUUCAAAUGAUCAUUUUGCUGAGUGAUGGCGAACCAGAUACUUGGAAAAAAAGUCUUCCAGAGAUCAUGAAAAGCAUUCAUAAUACCAUUGGUGAGAAGAACAUUACAUUGUUAUCUUUAGCCUUUGGUGUCAACGCAGACUAUGGAUUUUUGGACACUUUGAGCAAGCAGAACAAUGGCAUGGCUCGCAGGAUUUACGAGGACUCGGAUGCUGCACUUCAGCUACAGGGGUUUUAUGAAGAAGUGGCAAGUCCUCUCCUCUCUGAGGUGAAUUUUCACUACCCGGACAACACUGUUAACUCAUUGACAAGAAGCCACUUUAAACAUCUCUUCAAUGGCUCUGAGAUUAUGGUUGCUGGCCGACUUAAUGACCUAGACAUGAACAACUUUCAGAUUGAAGUGUCCGCACAAGGGUUUGAGAAUACAUUUGAAGUGAAAGGUCAGGCAAAUGCUCACAAGUGGGAUACCAUAUUUCCUGAUGAAGAGUAUAUCUUUGGGGACUUCACUGAGCGUCUAUGGGCGUAUCUGACCAUCCAGGAGCUCUUGGAAAAGAAAGAAAAGGGCUCACCAGAUGAGAAAGGAAAUGCCACUGCUGAGGCUUUGAACCUUUCGUUGAAGUACAACUUUGUCACACCGCUUACCUCCAUGGUCGUCACUAAACCUGAAAGUGAUGACUCCUUCAUUGCAGAUAAGUUAACUGAAGAGCAACGAAGACAUUUUCAAAUACAUGGUCAUGUGCCUAUACCAUCUAGAAAUGCCUACAGGGCCCCAGCAGCACCUACAUAUUAUGUUGAUGGAGAUCCACACUUCAUCAUUGAGUUGCCAGAUCAGAAUGAUGCUCUGUGCUUCAACAUUGAUGACAAACCUGGUACCAUAUUCAACCUGGUUAGAGACCCACUUACAGGUAUUGUGGUCAAUGGCCAAACCAUUGGAGACAAGAAGGUAAUUCCGGGGAAAAAAGUGAACACCUAUUUUGGCCGAUUUGGAAUCAUUCAUGAGAUGUUUGGUAUAAGAUUAAUGGUGAGCACUAAGGAGAUCUCAGUGUCUGAGGCAGGAAAACAGGCAAAAUUCUUCUGGACUGAUACUGCCACCAUCAAAGGGCCUAACAUGGAUCUGAAGGUAAUCAAAGAUCGCAGUUUGACAGUGACCUUGAAGAACUCAGUAAGGAUUCUGAUUAUCCUUCACAAAGUGUGGAAGAAACACCCAUAUCACCAAGACUACCUUGGAUUCUAUACCUUGGACAGCCACCUUUUUUCACACAAUGUCCAUGGCCUACUUGGACAGUUCUAUUAUGGGGUUGAGUUUAAGGUGAGUGACCUGUUUCCAGGAGAAGAUCCAGACAAACCAGAUGCCAUCAUGUUUGUGAAGGGACAUGAGCUUGUAGUUACCAGGGGUUGGCAGAGAGAUUUCAGACAGGAUGUGAAGAAUGGAAAAAAUGUGCCUUGCUGGUUCAUUCACAAUAACGGCACAGGACUCCUUGAUGGAGUGCACACAGACUACAUUGUUUCUGGUCUCUUCAAGACUAUCUAAGAAAGGGCCUCUGUAGCCGGACGAAAAGAUUUAAAACAACUGUAAUGAAGCAGAUGAUAAGGCAAAUUUGUGUUUCACUUUAACCAUAACUCUUAGAUCAUUCAUACAAACUUUAAAUGUAAUUUCACUUAAAAAAUAAUAAAAACUGAAGAAGCAUAUGAACAAA